AUGGGCAUUGUGAAAUAUCGAUUUCCAAAAAAGGUAAUGUCGACCAGCUGGCAUUGUAAACGCCACAAACCUCAAUCACUUGACCUGGUAACUCGGUAUCGCCGCGGUGGGAGGCGUGCAUUAUGCUGGAUUAUCGAGGCUUCUUUUGAGGUGCUUCCUUCGGAGAGUUCUCGUAAUUCUAGCUAUGGCUGGCGAGCUUGUUCUCUUGGUGGUUAG